CACUGAGACAACUGCGUUUUAUCCUACCAGAAGAAAAUAUAUCGACACAAAACAUAUCACGCAUAGAACGACUCUUUGAAAAUCUGGAUACCUGAUGGCAACCAAAAGAUCCAAGACAAUAAUUCAGGACAAACAUCCUAAUGGAGCAGAGAUUGUGAAAGAAGAUUUAAAACUGCCCAAGUGCUUCUCAUCUAGACUUGCUUUUAUGUUGUAUAAUGUUUUUUCUAAAGAAGAAUGUGAGGCCUUUAUCAAGCACACAAAGAAGAUAGGAUAUGAUGAAGCUCUUGUUAAUGUUGGGUAUGGCAGACAAGAGAAGAUGACAGAUGUACGUAAUAAUAAACGUUGUAUAUGGGACACAUUUGAUGAAUCCGGAAGGAUAUUUGACCGCAUCAAGGCCUAUAUUCCACCAGUGUGGAAUCAUCGCAAAGUCUUGGGACUGAAUGAAAGAUUAAGGAUCCUGCAUUACGAACCAGGACAGUACUUCAAGCCUCACUUUGAUGGAGAGUACAGACGCACCAAUGGAGAGAGGAGUUACAUCACCAUUCAAGUCUACCUAAAUGAGGGCUUCAAAGGAGGCGAGACCACGUUUAUGGAUGGACCUGACGAGGACCUGUGUCCAGUUGUUCCUAAAUUAGGUUCUGUAUUGGUGUUUCAACAUAACAUUUUACACGAAGGAUCCACUCUGAUAGCCGGAGAGAAAUACACUAUACGAACGGAUGUCAUGUAUUCUGGAGCACAGCUUGAUCAAGAGGAAGAAAGUGCUCUUAUAGAGGCACACAAGUCACUGCUGAGCAAGCCUAACAGUGAAGAUAAUCCCAUUAAAGGCAAUGAUAUCCAGUCAUGUGUUAAUGAGAUGGAGAAUCUUGAUUUAUAGUCAAUUUGCUUUAUGCCUCACUUUUUGACAUUGGAUUUCACAGACGUGAGGUAGGGACCAAACUGGAUCUGUAUAGAAUGAAUGUUGGUUUGGCAAUACAAAGCAAUAUUACAACAAAUGUUGAGAUACAAAUAUCUUUUCAUUAACGGAUUGGAAUGUCCUGGCAACAAUUACUCAUGAAACUUUCCAAUGGUAUGUGCAAUAUUUUGCCAAUACGAUCAUUAAACAAUAAGGUCGAAUUUGGACCCACAUGUCUACUGAAGGCUUUUUUAAAGGCUGUUUUCUUUCUUCAAAAUAUCCUAUUUUUAUAUUAAAAAGCAAAUGGUAUUUAAAAAUGUUAUUAUGUUUAUCAAAUAUUUAUUUCGAUGAAGAAUAUUUUUCUUGUUGGAUGGUAUCUAUAUUUUUUCAAAAUAUCAAAAGACAAAAUAACACGAACCAUUUACAGUCAUUGUGUUUAUUUUAAAAUAAGUAUUGAUAUGAAUAAAUAGUCUGUUACAGGUUCUAUGAAACGCUGAAAGUUUGAAAUGAUUCCAACAUAAACAUUAACCUUAUCUAUCUUGCAACAAUAAUAGAACAAGUUCUAUAAAAUUUUAUUAACCCCUUUUAUUGACCGGCUUUUAUACACGCUAGACUUCCAACAAUACUGCUAGUUUGAUCAGAAGUCACGUUAUAUAUAUAUUUGCUUAUAUAUCGACAACGGUUUUGCAUGUAGUAAGUUGGAACCACUUCACUUGACUCCUGUCAGAGUUACCGUAAUUGAUUAAUGUUGCUAUUCCGAGUUAUCCACAAUUUAGAUCAUCCUAUAUUAAUAGGAAGCUAUUAUCCACUAUUGUUAAUUAGCUUAAAAACGUAGAUGCUUGACUUAACUGCCUUGGACAAGAUCAUCGUUGACUGAAAUACAUUUUGAUAUAUAUCAAAGAUUGUACUAAAGAGACACAAGUGAAUGACACUUUUUGUUACAAAUCUAGAGUUAGACAUAGCAGAGCCAAAAACGAAUUUAACCCGUCAUAUCAUGAAGCUUUUUUUGUUCUUUUAAGAAGCCGAGAUAUCCAAAAUGAUCGAAAGAAAAGUCAAAAGUUAGACGGGAUGGGGAGGUAUACCAGCCCGAAUAUUCAAUAAAUGUUGUAUUUUCUAAAUAUCAGAUAAAUAUAGAACGACGUUAAGUACAUAUGUAUAUUUUGAACCGUUUCACUAUUCGAAUGAAUCAAUCAUCUGUCAUCCAUUCAUUGCUUAUUAGAAAUCCUAUAUGAAUUCUUUACUACAUAAUAGACCCUUAUGUUUCUUUGUGUUGUCCUUACUCAAUAAUCUCUGAGAAUCUGUGAUAUUUUGUUAUUGUUACAUGAAUUACGUAUGUUUUUAAUAUAGCAAUAGAUGCUUGUACAUUUACGUUUAACUUUUCCUCAAAAGUAUUCAUAUGAUAUAAUCAUCAAUGUCAUCUUAAAGAUAAUAAAAAUUGUUUUAUAGUUA